AUGUCAACCGCAAAACCAAAAAAGAAAAUCCGAGCCAAAUACGACCCGUACGUCAACUCCAAAGACGUUCUGGCCCUAGAUCACCACAUCUUUCAGGACUUCCUCAACGACAGGGAAGUAGCGUUGGUCAUGUUCUAUGACCCGGAAGAGCCAGAGUGCGAUUGGUCUAAGAAACACUUUAUACGGGCAGCGAAGACGACAGAAAGAGAAAACCACGCUUUUGCAGCUGUCAACUGUGUCAAAGAACAAGCUAUUUGUGCCGAUGAAGGUUCCACAGGUGUCUACCCGUUCUUCAAGCUGUACUCACGAGGAAACCUCAUCGAUACGUACAGAGACCAUCGCAGCUUUAUCCACUUCACCAUGCGCAAGUUUGUAGAGAACGCGCCGAUUAUCCCCGAUCGUGAACCGCCACUGAACCCCUGCACCCAGAAACCGUAUGAAGAACCUUGA